AUGGCGCCUGCAACAUACAUCAUUUCCAAGGUCGCAGACCCCAUCUUCGCUGUCGUCAUCGGUCUUGGUGCUGCUGCUACGCGUAUCAAUCGGGAAGAGAAGGAGAAAGGUCAAACGACUCAUCAGACGAUGGAGUCUGCCAAGAGACGACUUGGGCUCAGCAGCCAAAAACCGACGUAG